AAAAUACUAGAUACAAGCAUUUAGCAUUUUACGACAGGUAUUUUAAGGUGUGCGCAGUCUGGUCACGCUCACAAACAAUUUUCUGGAGUUUUCUUGAUCCAAUUUUACGAAGCAACUAAGAAAUGACUGGUCGUGGAAAGGGAGGCAAAGGAUUGGGAAAGGGGGGCGCCAAGCGCCAUCGUAAGGUGCUUCGUGAUAACAUCCAGGGUAUCACCAAGCCUGCUAUUCGCCGCUUGGCUCGUCGCGGCGGUGUUAAGCGUAUCUCUGGCUUGAUUUACGAGGAAACUCGCGGUGUGCUGAAGGUAUUCCUUGAGAACGUUAUCCGUGACGCUGUCACCUACACCGAGCACGCCAAGCGCAAGACCGUGACCGCCAUGGACGUGGUCUAUGCUCUCAAGCGCCAGGGACGCACCCUCUACGGAUUUGGCGGUUAAGCACGCCCUCUAACCUCCACUUUAUAAAUAACCAUGGGGUUUAACUUAACUACACUACAUUCAAAUUACUUGAUCCAAUUGAAUCUUAUCUUAAUCAGUAGUAUUCAACGCAAACUUAACCGAACGCAAAUAUUUUAUAAUUCCACAAUAUACGGACUAAAUAAAUCAAAAGAUAUCAUCUAGAGAGCUCAA